UUUCGAUAUAUAGCAAAUAUCGAAACCGUACGAGCUAUUAGUUAUAGACUAGUGAAUUUAGCGCCCUAUUGGCUAUCACCGUUGCGAUGCAAAAAUAAACAAAUGGUUCACGUUCGACAAAUAUUUGUUCAUGACAAAUGACAAUAAUACUGUAACAGUUACAACUAUUUUUCAUAAAUAUUUUUAGCAAGAAAUCAUAUUUAAAAUAAUCUAUGAGGCGUGGUAUUUGCAAUAUGAUCCACAAAAAAUGUAGGAACAGCGUCUAUCCUUUGUCAAAUGUUCAACGAUUCUCAGUUCCAGAUGACAAAGUUUCUUGGGAUGUGAGUUUUCCACAAUAUUCCCCAGUCAUAUACACAUCAAAAGUUUUACAGGGAAAACCCUGGGCAGAUCCUGAUAUUGGAGACUCAUCCUUUACUCCUAAAUGGAAUGUGCUUGAUGAUGGCGGAAAAAUCAAUCGUAUAAGCUAUGUUUCCCAGUAUUCUGUGGAUCAUGAUAAUUCACCUUUGAACCCUUGUGGUCGUACUGGAAUAAAAGGUAGAGGUGUAUUGGGUAGAUGGGGACCAAAUCAUGCUGCAGAUCCAAUAGUUACAAAGUGGAAGAGGAGAAAGGAUAAUUCAAUAGAAAUUGAGCCAGCUACGAACAAACCAAUACUUCAGUUUGUUGGCAUUCAGAGGAGGGAUAGCGGGGAAUGGGCAAUACCAGGUGGAAUGGUAGAUCCUGGUGAAAAAGUAACAACUACUUUACGGAGAGAAUUUAUGGAGGAAGCAAUGAACUCUCUUGAAAAGAAUCCAGAUGAGUUAAAAAAUGCUGAAAAAGUGAUCACAGAGUUUUUUCAAGAGGGUGAAGAAAUCUAUAAAGGAUAUGUUGAUGAUCCAAGAAACACUGACAAUGCUUGGAUGGAGACAGUUGCAUAUAAUUUUCACGACGAGACUGGAGAGAUUGUUGGAAAUAUGAAUUUGCAAGCUGGUGAUGAUGCAAAAAAUGUAAGGUGGAUAGAUGUUAGUGAUUCUCUGGUGCUUUAUGCAAGUCACAAAGAUCUUGUUUUAAAAGUGGCAGAAAAGCAUAAAUCCUACUGGUAAAUGAUAUAUAAAAGUUAUAUAUUUAUAAGAAUAAAACAAAGUGUUUUUUGAAUUACAUCCAA